UUAGAGCCAGGCCAAGCACAACAUGAUGGACCUUUUUGAGACCAGCACUUAUUUUUUUAAUGAUCUGCGCUACAUAGAGACGGACCAGAGUUCCUUACAGAAUUUGGAUUUAGCAGAAGUGUCUCCUCUGUACCAAGGCAAUGGGAGUCCACUAUCUCCAGGCAGAGGCCAAGAUCCAAUUCCAAGUGAGCCAGGCUGUGAUAGCAGUGGAGAAGAGCAUGUUCCUGCCCCUCCAGGUCUCCAGGCACAUUGUGAAGGCCACUGUCUCAUCUGGGCCUGCAAAACCUGCAAAAGAAAGUGUGCUCCAAGCGACCGGAGGAAGGCUGCCACGCUGCGGGAGCGAAGGCGGCUCAAAAAAAUAAAUGAAGCUUUUGAUGCACUGAAGAAAAAGACGGUGCCCAAUCCUAACCAGAGGCUGCCCAAGGUGGAGAUAUUACGCAGUGCUAUAAGCUACAUUGAGAAACUCCAGGACCUGCUGCACAGCCUGGAUGAGCAAGAUAAACUCUCUGAUAGGAGUGCAUACAGCUAUAACAUCAAAGACCACAAUGUGAUUAACACUGAGCAUCAUUGGAAAAAGACUUGUCAAAGCUGGCAGGGAAACGCGGAUCAUUCCAGUGAGAACCUGUCUCAUCAAAGAGAAGGAUGGACAACAGAGUCGUCAGCGUCCAGCCUCCGCCGCCUCUCCUCUAUCGUUAACAGCAUUUCCACAGAUGACACUAAAGUGCAUUGCCCUAAGGAGAGCACAGAAAAAUGAAGACAGAUGAAUGAGAAGCCAUCUCACAUUUCCACAUUUCUGUUAUGUUUUGAUUCUGCUGUUGUAUAUUUAUAUAAACAAAAUUUAAUUUGUGAAAUUUGUGGCCAGUGUAUUGUAGGACUGCACGUGAUUCCAAUAUUUUCAUUUUUCAUCAACAGACUGAUUCCUGGCAGAUCAUAUUUUCUUUUAAAUAAUAUGUAUAGAGAAUG